AUCACUGACAUUUACAAGCAGCAGUCAAGGUGCAGUCAAGGAUGUCAAGUAUCAACAUUGGUUUGUUUUGUUUAGUUAAUAAUAUUUUUAGUACUUAUAAUUUCGUAAUUAUUAAGUUUCAACUGUUUUAAUAUUAGAUGCGCUAUCUUUUGUAAACUUUUAGGUAUCUUUACAACCGUAUUAUCAGAGUUAUUGUUUAAUUUAAGUUUUUAGGUUACAAUUCUAUGACCUCCGAGUCCAGACACUAGCGAUAGGUAUUUCAAUUUCCUCAUAUCUUGCUCAAUUGCCAAUAUUUACUCAACACUUCACUUUGUACAUAGAUAUCAUCGACUUCACAGUUUGGCUAACAAAUUAGAAGUCAAAAUGUACAACCAAUCAUUGCUAAAUACCAUAAUUUUUAUAUUAAUUUGUGUUAUUAUGCAAGUGACUAUUUUUGUAUUCAUAAUAUAUUCAAGUGCUAUGUCGUCGCUAAAAUUAGAACAAGUGGUCAUUCUUAGCAGACACAAUGUAAGAACUCCUGUGUCAAAAAAUCUUGGCAGAAUGACACCUCAGUUUUGGCCGCAUUGGGAAGAAAAACCUGGAUUUUUGACCGAAAAAGGUUUCCUUUUAGAAGGUUACAUGGGUAAAUAUUUUUAUACAUGGCUGAAUAGAGAAGGACUUUUGCCUAAAAACUGUCCCAGUGAAGAAGAUUUCUAUGUUUACUCCAACACUAUGGAACGAACAUUGUCUUCGGCCCAGGCUUUUGUGACAGAAUGUUAUCCAAAUUGUAAUAUAACCAUUCACCAUGCGGACAUUGACAAACCUGAUCUCGUAUUCACUCCAUUCAUUCAUAAUUCAACAUCUGUAUUUAAAAAAAUAGCAAUAAAUGAAAUGAAGUAUGUUUUAAGUCAUUUAAAUUUAAAUAAAUCUUUUGACCUAAUGGCAGAUGUUCUAGAAUAUAACGAGUCAGAUUUUUGUAAAAUAGACAACGAUUGUUAUUUUGCUGCUGACAAAACUGAGCUUGACAUAAUUGCUGGGAUGAAACCUAAAGUUAGAGGUUCGUUAAAAAUAUGCAAUGAAGCUACAGAUGCGUUUCUAAUGGCAUAUUAUAACGGGUUUCCGUUAAUUGAUGUUGCAUGGGGAAAACUUAAUCUUACAAAUUGGCAAUCUAUUGUAGAACUCACAGCUGGUUAUCAUAAUGUAACUUUUAGUACAAAAUAUGUUGCUAAAGACAUUGCUAGGCCAUUAAUACAGUAUUUAACUAACAUCUUCUUAAAUGAAAACACUAAAGUAACUUUAUUGAUGGGGCAUGAUGCUAAUAUUAAUGUUUUAUUGAGUGCAAUGUCUUUCAAACAUUAUGAGUUGGACUAUAACUUUAUAUCAACGCCGGUUGGUGGGAAGAUGGUUUUUCAAAAAUGGUUGGAUGAGAAAGCAAACCAGUAUUUGUUAAAAGUGGAGUAUGUGUAUCAAAGUAACGAACAAUUAAGGGAGGGUUUGAUACUAUCCAAUGAUAACCCGCCAAAGUUUAAAUUGUUAGAAUUAGAACACUGUAAAAUGGAUGAUAGAGGAUUUUGUAGUUGGGAUGAAUUUGUUAAUUUCUUAAAUGACUUAUGAUAUCUGUAUAAUGCAUGUAAAACAUAUUGACAUAUUGAUUUUUCAUAUCAAAAAUGUAAUAUUUAUAGUUGUACUAGCUUAUACCCACGACUUUGUCCGUGUAGGCUUAGGUUUUUAAA